CCUUUCCCGGUGACGAAUUAACUAAACAAAAAAAGUACAUUGGGAUGUCAUUCUGUGGAAUGCUGUUUUAUGUACUGUGUGAAGUCUAACCUAUAACUUUUUGCAUAUUGGUGUCUCGAUAAUCCUUUACUUUUCACGUUGCUUCAUUAUUAAUAAUAUUUAAAAUACAAUAGUCGAAGCAUUACUUCAUCAGAGAUCAGAAGUAUACUAAUGCGUAACUGUACAAACGAAAUUAAUAUGAUUUUAAUAUAAUUUGUUAUAUAUUUUUUAAAGUUAUAAACAAAAAUGUCUUUACAAACUCGGUUAUUCGUUGGGAAUCUACCUGAAAGCACAAAUGAAAACGAAAUUCGUUCUGCCUUUUCUGUUUAUGGGAAAAUAACCAAUUGUGAUAUAAAAAGCAAAACAAGUAAUGACAAUCAACAGAAACUUUUUGCAUUUGUAACUUUAUCGGCUACAAAUUAUGAUAUUGAGUCAUGUAUCAAGCAUUUUGGAAAUGAAGCAUUUAAUGGUAAUCAGCUAUAUGUAACUAGAGCUCGUGAAAGUUUUUUGGAUCGUCUACAAAGAGAAAGAGAUCUAGCUCAAAAGAAAGAAAGUGAGAAGAUUGAAAUACAUCAGCAAGUAUUACCCAAAACAAUUCCAGUUCUAAACUUAGGAGAAAAACUCAAUCCUCGUAAAAGGAAGAAUGAUACAAACAGUUAUACAAGUGGUGUAACUUGCAAUAAAUCUGGGCUUAAAGUUAAUAAUUCAUUUGACAAACAUGUCAAUAGUAAAUUAGUUGAUUGUAUUCCUGACAAUGCAUUGAACAAUGUAUCUGAGAAGGAUAAAAGGAAGCAAGAUGCAGAUAGGAAAAGAAUGGAAUCUAUUAAACAAAAAAGACAAGAUUUUAAGCUUAAACAAAUGAUUGUAAAAACUGAUUUAGGUGAUAUAGACAAAGUAUCAAAUAAGAAGAUAAUAUUUAGAGAUGAUGAACAAGACACUCUGCUUGUUAGUGAUAAUAAGAAAAAGAACACAAAUACUUUGUUUGAUGAUGAUGACAGUGAUAAUGAAGUCAAUUUUGAAAUAAAAAAACAGUUUGAAGGAAAACAAGGUCAAAAGGUUUUAGAUUUGCAAUCAAAGUACAAAAGUGAUAAACGUUUCACACUAGAUGAAAGGUUCAUUGAAGGUGAACAAUCUGACAUUGAAAUUGACAAACAACAACAAAAUAUAGAAGAGGAUGAGGCUGUGGCAGUUGUACAAAUAGAUGAGAAAGCCAAACAGCUUAACAUAUUACAAGAUGUGCUUGGAGUCACCAUUAAAUCAUAUCACACCCAGCCUAAUGAUUCUAAAGAUAAUAAAAAGAACAAGUCUAAAAUAGGGAUGCUUAGAUUUGAUCCCAUGCAACCAGACCAUGCAAAAUUCUUGGCACCGGUAGAAGAGACCAUACAAGAUAAUAAGAAGAAACCAAAAAAGAAAAAAUCUAAAGACAUUCAUGAAGUGGAAUCUACAUUAGAAAAUUUAGACCAAGAAAAAAAAAUAGAGGUUUCAAAAGAACAAUUCUAUAAAAUCAGUGAUACAUUAAAAGAUACUCUUGAACAACCAACUACAUUUAGUUUUAGAAGUUUGUUUUCUAAGAAUGAAAGCUAUGAACGAGAUAUUUUUUCAGAGGCCCCAGACCAAGACUCUACAUAUGUAUCAUUAGAUAAAAAUAAAGAACGUAAAAUAAAAAAUCCACUUGAUCCUGGUGAAAAAAACCCAUUUGUAUAUGACUCAUCGGAAUCUGAAGUUGAGGAAGACAAAAAUGAAAAGGUGUUCGAAAAAACAGAAAUUAAAGCAGUAUGGAAAGAAAAUUUAUUUUUUUCAAAUCUGGAUAGCAGGCUUAAAGAUGGCUUAGAUUUCUUUAACAAAUCAAGUGUAGAGGAUGUACAAAAGGAAAGAAGGGGACUAAAGUCACUUAUGAAGAAACGUAUAUAUAACAAAGAAAGAAAGAACCAAAUGUUCCAAAAGAAAAUUGGAGGGAGGAAAAAAUCAUUAAAAAAGAGCUACAACAAAAGAAAAAGCUGAUGCUGUGUAAAAUAAUAAUUUAUUAACUUGAUAACUAAAUGUGUAUGUUAAUAAAACUAAAAUAAAUGGUGUA